AAAAACUUCAAUUCCGUUCGCUCGGCGAAAAGUGAAAAAUAAUCAGCGACUCACCUGGAAAAUCUUGUUAAGUCUGCAACUUUGCAACUAAGAAGAAGAAGCAGAAGAAAGGAAAAAAGAACGCAGUUAAUUUUGCAAGAAACUAGAAACGAAAUCAACAACCAUGUCCGAGGCACACUUUGAUGAGUACGAGCACUACAAUUUCGACCAUGACAAGCACAUCUUCUCUGGCCACAGCGGCAAGCAGCGCUCCAAGAAGGAGGCCACCGAGCACACCAAUCACUUUGAUCCCUCUGGACACUCCCGCAAAAUCCUCACAAAGCUUAUGAACACCAACAACAACAACAAGAAGGCGGCCGCCUGCAAGAACUGAUGCAGGGCAUCGGAGGAGCGGGAACGGCAACGGGAACGCAAAGUGAGCGGCGGAGAACGCAGCGCGUGGGAAGGUGCGAGAGAAAAGAAAUCUUCGAAUUUAAACGAGAAAAAAGGUUGAAAAAUCACAGCAGUCGCUAAAAGGAGAAGGAAAAGGAAAGAGAGAAGAGAGAGAACAACAAAAGCCACCUGGGAAUACAUAUUGCAUUAGGAAUUGCAUUGUGUUUUCAUGCGGCGCAAAACUUUGUGAACUUUAUAAUAAUUUUAGUUUGCUUAUAAUUUCACAAACUCAAAAAAGGCAGAUCUACUCUUAGCUUCUAAAUAUUCCUAAACUAAUUCA